GGCCCGGCGCUCCAGCAGAACUCCGGCUCCCAGCCCGGCUCCUGCGGGCGGCGCGUAGGGCGGCGAUCCGGUGCCCCUCGAGGAGCCGCCGGCUUCACCGCGGUCACCACGCAGCUCGAGCCGCGCGCAGCGAGGCCCUCCCGAGGCCCCAGCACAAGGGACCAUGAAAGUGAGGUCGGCUGGUGGCGACGGAGAUGCCUUGUGUGUUUCAGAAGAGGAGCUGGCUGGUGACGAGGACAUGCCGUCCUUCCCGUGCUCACAGGAGGGCCGGCUGGGGCCCCGCUGUAGCCGCUGCCAGAAGAACCUCUCUUUGCACACGUCCGUGCGGAUCCUUUACCUCUUCCUGGCUCUGCUCUUGGUGGCCGUGGUCGUGCUGGCCUCUCUGGUUUUCAGGAAAGUAGACUCUCUCUCAGAAGACAUCUCCCUGGCCCAGGCCAUUUAUGACAAGAAGAUUGUGUCGAUGCAGGAAAAUCUGCAGGGACUCGAUCUGAAAGCCCCAAACAACUGCUCUUUCUGCCACGAGGCUGGGCAGCUGGGGCAAGAGAUCAGAAAACUGCAGGAGGAGCUGGGGGGGAUUCAGAAGAUGCUUCUGGCUCAGGAGGUCCAGUUGGACCAGACCUCUCAGACCCAUGAACUGCUCUCGACCACCAGCAGUCAAAUCUCCCAGGAGAUGGGCAAUUGUUCCUUCUCCAUCCACCAGGUCAACCAGACUCUGGGGCUCUUCCUGACUCAGGUGAGAGGCUGGCAGGCCACCACGGCAGGCCUGGACCUCUCUCUGAAGGACCUCACCCAGGAGUGCUAUGACGUCAAGGCCGCAGUAUACCAGAUCAACUUCACCGUGGGGCAGACUUCAGAAUGGAUCCAUGGGAUCCGCCGGAAGACAGACGAGGAAACCCUGACCCUCCAGAAGAUUGUCACUGACUGGCAGAACUACACUCGGCUCUUCAGCAGCCUGCGCACCACCUCGGCCAAGACCGGAGAAGCGGUCAAGAACAUCCAGGCCACCCUGGGGGCCUCCUCACAGCGCAUCAGCCAGAAUUCUGAGAGCAUGCAUGACCUGGUGAUGCAGGUCAUGGGCUUACAGCUGCAGCUGGAUAACAUCUCUUCCUUCCUGGACGACCAUGAAGAGAACAUGCACGACCUGCAGUACCACACUCGCUACGCCCAGAACCGCACCGUGGAGAGGUUCGAGACGCUGGAAGGACGCAUGGCUUCUCAUGAGAUCGAGAUCGGCACCAUCUUCACCAACAUCAAUGCCACCGACAGCCACGUGCACAGCAUGCUUAAGUACCUGGACGACGUGCGGCUGUCCUGCACGCUGGGCUUCCACACCCAUGCUGAGGAGCUCUACUACCUGAACAAGUCCGUCUCUCUCAUGCUGGGCACCACGGACCUGCUCCGGGAACGCUUCAGCCUGCUUAGCACCCGCCUGGACUUCAACGUCCGCAACCUGUCCAUGAUCAUGGAGGAGAUGAAGGCCGUGGAUACGCAGCAUGGAGAAAUCCUUCGUAACGUCACCGUUGUACGAGGUGCCCCGGGCCCUCCAGGACCAAGAGGACUCAAGGGAGAUGUGGGAGUGAAAGGGCCCGCUGGUGGCAGAGGACCUAAAGGAGACCCUGGCAGCUUGGGCCCCCCAGGACCCCAGGGUCCUCAGGGUCAGCCCGGGGAAAUUGGACCCAUGGGAGAAAGGGGGCCUGUUGGCCUUCGAGGUUCCCCAGGCCUCAAAGGCUCAAAGGGCAGUUUUGGAUCGGGAGGCCCGAGAGGACAGCCCGGUCCCAAAGGGGAUGUGGGGCCCCCAGGGCCAGAGGGGCCCCCAGGGUCUCCAGGGCCCUCGGGGCCUCAGGGAAAACCUGGGAUUGCUGGGAAAACGGGUUCACCAGGCCAGCGGGGGCCCGUGGGGCCUAAGGGUGAACCAGGGAUUCAGGGUCCCCCUGGUCUUCCUGGGCCCCCAGGCCCACCAGGAAGCCAGAUCCGCUACUGAGGAGGGUCCCCAAUCCCAGACACUGCCACACAGAAUGCUGGUAAAGGGGCUCAGGGCAGAGCAAGCCCCCAGAAAGCCUCACCUACAGACAAUUGUGCUCCUUUGAUCCUGAAGGGGGUUGCCCCCAGGCCUGCCCCUGCACCUUCGGGCUCCCCAGAAGUGACUGUACCAUGGAAAGCAGCCCCUCACACACACACACACACACACACACACACACACAUUUCCCUGCUGGCCAGGGGGGCCAACUGGGUUUCCCUGGCUGGGCAGGAGGAGAGGGCAGAAGACCUCCCUCUCCUGUGACUGAGCCAGCCAGGGAGGUGGCUACCUCAGGAGAAAGGUCUUGAAUCUAUCUCUGAAUUGGUGACCAACUUCAGUUUUUCCAGCAUCUGCACACCCAUCCCAGCCAGUACUCUCCUGGGACGCCCAGUGGUUGAAGAGACCCAGGGAAACCUUUACAGGGGAUUAUGGUUCAAACCCUAAGGACAAGGUGGAUUUGGUAACUGCAGACCCUUCCCGUAACCAUGGGAGCAGAUCCUGGGACCCGCCUCGUCUCACACAGGAUGGAGGAAUCCACUGUGGCUGUCAUUCUGUCAUUUGUGGCCCUGCGCACCGUGCUCCCAGGAACUCAGCUAUUUUCUUCCACGUCUCCAGAACAUUCCUAGCUUCGUCCCUGCCUUCACCUGUCUGGAGCAUUCCAGAAGAAAUCUAAACAGGAGUUUCACCUGUGCAGGGACUCUCUGGGCGCUGGAGCACUCUGCCAAAGUGGCGCCCAGCGCACGAAAGAUGGAGAAGGGGCGGUGAAGGCUCUGGUCACCAGGCUGCCUGAAAAGCUGGCCCCCUUGCUGUCCAUUCCUGGGGUGGGCCCUCCGUGGUGGCUGGGGGAGGACGGACCCCUGAUAACAGGACAGCUCUCCCUUCUGCACCCAGCUCUCCUGCUGCCCACGGCAGCCCGCUGAGCUUGCCAUGCCGUGACCCAGGGUGGCCAGCCGCCUCUCUAUCGGCAGCACAACAGAACAAGGAGGGAAGGGCCUAAACAUCCACAAGGGGCUCAUCUGGACGCC